UGUAAACAAUAUUUAAUUUUCUUAGGUUAGCACGUAGUAGGAGUAAGUAGGAAAAAAAUUGUAUUAGCAGUGUAGUAGCAGGAAGGAUUGACUUAUUAAACUCGUACUUGUGUAAAUGCAUGUAAUGAUGAUACUGAGGAGAGUUACAAUUGAAAGUGUUAAGACUUUUUAUUCUGAACAUUUAAGACAGUCGAUAACAACAAGUAGGAUAUUUGGUACGUCUUUAACAGGAUACUCGACCAUCUACGCCUUGUCCUCAGGGCAAGGAAAAUGUGGAGUCGCAGUAGUAAGGAUAUCGGGCAGUCGGUCAUUGGAGGCAAUGCAGAAAAUGACAAAAAUAUGUCAGCCAGAACCAAGGAGAGCAUAUCUGCGUAGUAUACGAGAUCCUGACAAUGGGGAAGUUAUAGACAAAGGGUUAUGCUUAUGGUUUCCAGGACCCAAUUCCUUUACUGGCGAAGACAGUGUGGAAUUUCAAGUUCACGGAGGUCCUGCUGUACUUAGUGCUCUAUUAACUGCUUUAUCAAAAUUGAAAUUUCGUCAUGCAUUACCUGGAGAGUUCACAAAACGGGCCUUUUUUAACAAUAAGUUAGAUUUAGUAGAAAUCGAGGGCUUAGCAGAUUUAAUUCAUGCGGAAACCGAACAGCAAAGAAAACAAGCUUUGUUGCAGGCUGACGGCAAUCUCAGCACACUGUACAACAAGUGGAAAGAUAUCCUUUCUCGAUGUGUUGCUCAUUUGGAAGCUUUCAUAGACUUCAGUGAGGAAGAAAACAUCGAAGGCGAUGUUUUAGAAAAGUGCAAUAAUCAACUAAACAAUCUUAUGAGGCAGAUUAAGAAUCACCUUGCAGAUGGGAGAAAGGGCGAAAUUCUGCGUAAUGGUGUGAGAACUGUAAUUAUUGGAGAGCCAAAUGUCGGAAAAAGUAGUUUACUGAAUUAUUUAGUACAAAGAAAUGCGGCAAUUGUUUCGCCAAUUGCUGGUACUACAAGAGAUAUUGUUGAAUUGUCUACUGACAUCUCUGGCUAUCCAAUUAUAUUAGCAGACACGGCAGGUAUCAUUAAGAAGUCAAAAGAUAUUAUUGAAAAAGAGGGGGUUCGCAGAGCUAAGGCUUAUGCGGAAAAAGCUGACUUUAUUAUUCUAAUGAUCAAUGCACUUGCUUAUUUGGAAAGCAAGAAGACAUAUGAAGAAUAUCUUAAUACUUAUAUAAAUAAAUUAGAGUUAGAAGAUAUUUUACUGGAUAGUGGAAGAUUACAAAAACACUGUCUCGUAAUUAUGAAUAAGACUGAUCUACUCAACGAAGAGACUAACGAACGUUUGAGAAAGUCUGGCAUAAUAGGAAUUUCUUGUGUUCAGGAAGAAGGCUUCGACAAAUUUUUGGAAUCUGCUACAAAUUAUUUUAAAGAGAUAUGCGGUAAUCCUUCUAGAGAACACCCUACGAUCAGUCAGACUAGACACAGAAAUCAUUUGACAAAUUGUUUAGAACAUCUUUGUAGAUAUUUUACCAUCAUUGCUCGAGAAAAUUAUGAUAUUGUAAUAGCUACUCAAGAAAUUCGUAAUGCGAUGAGAGAACUUGGAAAGGUUACAGGUCAUGUGAGUACGGAACAAAUUUUAGAUAUUAUAUUUAAGGAAUUUUGUAUAGGAAAAUAAAAUACUUCAAAUCAAUCUUCAUUUCAU